CUUUAUUUCCGAUCUUCACAACCCUAAUAAAUUAGCUACUGCUGUUGUUUUUGGCGUUUUCAGGCCUCUAGAUUGUAUAUCGUUAACAAAAUGGUUUGUGAAAAAUGUGAGAAGAAACUUGGACGAGUUAUAACUCCAGAUACCUGGAAAGAUGGUGCAAGGAAUACAACAGAAAGCGGCGGACGGAAACUUAAUGAAAAUAAAAUGCUGACAUCAAAAAAGGCCAGGUUUGAUCCAUACGGAAAGUCUGGAUUUGCCACAUGCAGAAUAUGCAAGAGCUCAGUCCACCAGGCAGGAUCACACUACUGCCAGGGAUGUGCUUACAAAAAAGGGAUCUGUGCUAUGUGUGGGAAGAAGGUUCUUGACACCAAGAACUACAAGCAGACCUCAGUGUGAUUUUAAUAUGUUGCUGGCAGACAAAUGUUUCACCUUGGAGAAUUGAGGGAGGGAAGCAUGAAGGUGAUUGUGACUGUCUUCAACUCAAAACUCCUAUUUGCAUUCAGUUUGUUAAAUUAGUGGAGCUAAGAGUGUUCACCAGUCUGUGGUGUUGUAUGUGUGAUAGUCCAACACAAUGGUGCAGUAGUUAAUAGCUGUAUCAAUGCUGAUAUUCCUCCCUCAAUUGAUAACUUUAAAGCAAUAUAUGGGCGUGUACUGUUUGAGUAAAAUUAGAUGCCUUCCCCAAGUGGAGUACUUGUUUUGUUUCCACCUUUUUGGAACAGACUGUAAAGAAUAUUGUAAAUAACAUCCACUCGUUUACUUAAAUUCAGGUGUGUUUCAUUUCAUUAAACAUAUUCUCUCAUUCUCUUUCUCUCUGAUAUAUACAUUGCCAUGUAGGAACUGCUUGACCAGUUAAUAGUGAUUCUUACUAAGGUCUUGAUUUUUGCUGACAAGGCCAAGUCCAGUCUAAGGUCCCAGUACUGACAUUUAAAUACCAUCUGUUUCCUGAGGUGAUUUUCU